CCAGAAAGAAGGCGCCAAACCGGCUCAGUCCGUAACCAACGGCCUUCGGAUCGACCCACCGCGUACCGGGACGCGGUAGCCACCAACGACCCAAGCCGGCCACUACGGAAAUCAUCAUACAUGUAGCUGUUCCCGUAGCAUCUGAACUGCACCUGCGUCGGUAUGUGUGUGUGUGUGUUUGGUGAAGACGCAGUUAUUACCGGUCCGUUCAUCUGCAAAGAAGAGGUACAGGACCAUUGUGUUUGAUAGCAGUUUUGUACACUGUAGUCUCCUGGGCAGCAUACCCUUGUCCCAGAACCAGAGAAAGUAGACCUGUUCAGUAUCACCGAAAAAAAUCAUUGUCGGUUCGUGUGUCCGUCGGUGACAACGAGGUCUAAACGACAACGGUAACAUCGUUGCGUUGUUUUCUCUCGAUCGAGUCAGCGUGAUGUGGUGAUGAUAAGCCACUAGUGUGACUUGUGCUGGAAAACCGAAGCUGCACUGUAUCUGCAGCUAUCCAGUAUUUACGAACAAUGCCGUUUGACUUCUGGGAUGAUGUUGUCCUGCCAGCAUGGCAUGACAUAGCUCAAUGCCAGAUUACACAUGAAGCAUUCAAGAAAGCCGUCAUGGCAAUUGAUGAACAUCAUCCACGUAUCAGCAGAGAUCCCACGCUGAGGGGAUAUGUGAUGAGUUGGAAGGAGUUUGUUAAAACCAACAGGAGUUCAGAAGUGGAUAUGUUAGCCGGAUAUGUUAGCUGUGUUACUUGCUACAAGAGAGGGCAAUCAGGUGUCCAGAACUUCAUUCAAGACAUUCAGUCUUCAACUUUCCCGUCCAAUGUUGCUGUUGGUGGACUGCUGGAGAGAAUUUGGCAAGCUCGUAAGAAUGAUCAUCCUGAUGAAGAUGUCAAGGAUCCAUAUUUCUUCACAAGGGUUGUCAAGAGCAACCUACCACAGAUCAUCGCCAACCUAGCGACCGUACCAGAUAUAGUGCUCACUGAAGUAUUUGGAGAUGUCACCCUGGAUGAAGAGUAUAUCAGCACUUAUCGAACGGCAUGUGAGGUGGCCGGUCAUGUGCGUGAUCUUCCACUUUGCUGUCAAGCAGUAAUUGGGCGGUUUUUACUGUUCCCAGUGAGCUGCUUUAUGUUUCUCUUUUAUGACUUGCACCACCCUGAUCUCACUCAACGACUGGAUAAAGAUUUCCUGAUCAAGAUCGACCGUGAGGCAGGAUGUGAUGGGAGUAGUCUUGUCCAACUGUUGAAUUUGGCUAUUGAUUUACAGAGCGAUAGUAAGUGACAAUUUGAAGACUGCAAUGCAAGUUAAAGAAUGUCCAUGAUGGUGAAUCCUAGUCAAUGGAUGAUGCUGAUCUUUGUAUUAGUGUACAUACCAGCUGAAGGUUAUAUGAAAAUACAGUU